AUGGCAAAUAUUUCAGGAUUGGAUUUGUUUAUACUUGUCUUUGCCUUCCUGCCACUGCCAGGAAACAUUCUAAAUGUGAUAUUUAUAUUAACUAAAGAAAGACUGCAUAUACCGAUAUACUAUAUUGUCAUUGCUAUCGCAGUUACAGAUACCAUCUUUGCAGUAAGUGCUUCAACAUCUAUCAUCUUGCAAAUUUCGACAGAUGUAACCAACAGCUCGAUGUGCAUGACUUGUAAUGACCAAAUCAAGAGUAAGCAGGCGAAUCUUACCAUUAUUUUUCAUGUUGCGACCAAAACGACUUUCUUGAUAUCUAUAUUUUGCACAGUUCUAUUAGCUAUAGAUAGAUUCAUCGCAAUAAAAUAUUGUCUCGCUUACUACCAAGUUGUUACGUCAUGCAAAGUGUUUUGCUCUGUUAUGGGAAUUUCUAUAGCUGCUACUCUCACUACCGUUAUACCAUUCGGCAAACAACCAAAACUGGUAUCUGCUAUAACUUCAAGAAGUUACAAGAACCAUGUUGUUUCUUGGUGUUUGAUGCUGAUUUCUAUGGUGACAGUGUUUUCUAUAGCAAUUCAUACUAACAGUAUGAGACAAAGAAAUAUUAAGGUAAUAAAAAGCAAAAAAGUUAACACGGGACACAAUGCUCAACAGUUGACAAUAUUGAGAAGGCUAAAGCAAUCAUUAAAGGAUUUGAUACGUAUAUACAUUAUCACAGUCAUUUUCACAGGUCUUCAUGUUCUCUCAAGUAUUCUGAGACUCUAUGUCGACCAAUCAUUUUACAAGCUGAAUGGAAUAAUUUCGUUUAUCUACAUGAUGUUAAAUCCGUACUUGUUCAUACUCACAAUGACAGAGUUGAGGAACGUCCACAGGUUGUUUUGGUCACGUGUGUUCGUCUGUUUGUUUUCAAAGAACAACAUUGUAACCCCUAUGGAUACCCCAACUAUAUCUAGUGCUAAUAAUCGAGCGUUACCUAGCAACAAUAUUGGAAAAGCUGUGUAA